GUCACUUCAGUAUCUGCGACGGAGAGGGACGUGAGACAACCCACGCUCGCUCUAACACAGAACCUACAGUUCCGGAGUUGUCUAAAACAACGAUUUAAUAGCACUAUACACACAGGGGGAUUACCCUAACGUUAUUCUGGACAACAAUUCUCAGUUUUUGGAAAAGAAAUACAAAGGGAACUAAAGGAUUUUUCUCUUCUGCUUCCUGUUGUGCCCUUUGUUUUUCCUGCUGUGGUCAUUGCUGUCCAACAGCGCCCCCUGUGAAACAAAGAGAGACAGCCAGAGGAUAAGGAGCCCAAGCAGCUUAAUCGUGGGCCCCUCCAGCUUAGCUGUCCGAUGCGGAGUGAGAAUGAGUCCUGCUCUAGAAGCCCUCAUGCAGGCAGACGGGACUACCCCCUACCCCGGGAAAGGGGUGAUGCUUGAACCUUUUGUGCACCAGGUGGGGGGGCACUCUUGUGUGCUACGUUUUGGAGACCAGACCAUUUGCAAGCCCCUCAUUCCCAGAGAACACCAAUUCUACAAGAGCCUGCCCCCCGAGAUGAGGAAGUUCACCCCCCAGUACAGAGGUGUGGUGUCAGUUAGCUUUGAGGAAGACGAAGAGGGCAACCUGUGCCUCAUCGCCUAUCCCCUUCACAAUGAACCGGAGAACCUUGAGAACAAGGACCCCUCAGCUGACUGCGAGCCCAAGAGCAAGAUGAUCAAAUGGGGAAACAAAAAGUCAUCGUCCCUGCUGCUGGAGAACGACAACUACAGCAAAGACCGUGUCAGACAGAGCCCUAAGGAGAACAAGAGCAAAAGCUAUAACGGCGCUGACGUGCAGCAGCAGGCCGAGGUCCUCCGCUACAGCCUGGAACAGAAGCCGAUCAAACACAACCCCUGGAGUCUGAAAUGCCACCAGCAGCACCUGCAGAGGAUGAAGGAGAACUCCAAACACCGCAACCAGUACAAAUUCAUCCUGUUGGAGAACCUGACGUGGCGUCACAAGUUGCCGUGCGUGCUGGACCUGAAGAUGGGCACGCGGCAGCACGGCGACGACGCUUCGGAGGAGAAGAAGGCCAACCAGAUCCGCAAAUGCCAGCAGAGCACGUCGGCGUCCAUUGGGGUCCGCCUGUGUGGCAUGCAAGUGUACCAGUCGGACUCAGGGCAGCUGAUGUUCAUGAACAAGUACCAGGGGCGUAAGCUGAGCCUGCCCGGGUUCAAGGAGGCCCUGUUCCAGUUCUUCCACGACGGCCAGCGUCUGCGGCGCGAACUCUUGUCCCCAGUGCUUCGGCGUCUCCGGGAGAUGCAGGAAACCCUGGAGUCCUGUGAGUCCUACCGCUUCUACUCCUCCUCCCUCCUCAUCAUCUACGACGGGCAGCCCCCGCGCGCCCCCACCCGACCUCGCCACCGCGGAGGAGAGGAAGGCGACGACGACGAGCCCUCCGACGAGGAGGAGGACGAGGAAGAGGGGGCGCUUGGGUUCCCCCGGGGCUCGGCGUCCGGCGGCGGUAAGGGCAGCGACGGGCGCUCCUCCCUCAGGGGGGCGGGGGAGGCCAGCGGCCCAGGAGUGGAUGUGAGGAUGAUAGAUUUUGCCCACACGACGUGCCGCCAUUACGGAGAGGACAGCGUGGUACACGAGGGUCAGGACAGCGGCUACAUCUUUGGCCUGCAGAACCUAAUUACCAUAAUCUCCGAGCUGGAGGAGAACAGCGCCGACUGAGAUUCCAGACUGGGAAACGUUCAUUUAACCUGGGAAUAACAGCACUGUAGCUGAAGCCCUGCUCUGCCCUCCGCCUGGCACGAAUGGCCAAAGCGUGGCUGGGGGGGGAUGACCCUGACCUACUGAAUGGGUGGAACCAGGGUGCUUCUGGGCCGGGGGACGGGGCACAUUCUGGUUGGUUUUGCCCCCCCCCCAGCAUGGGACAGGACUGCUUGUGCACUCACCGUCUCUGUGACGGUUCUUCUGUCUCUGUGAGGGCUCCUCCUGUCCCUCCAGUUUCUUUCUUGUUUUUAUGUGAGAGGUGGUGCCUGAAACUCUGGUCUAACAGGCUAAGGGACUCCUGUAGCAUAUUCUCCUAUCCGCCUCUGUUCUUAUGUUGUAGACUGUUUUCUUGACUGUAUGGUCUCUCAGAGAGAGGGAUGUAAAGCUAGUGUAGUUUUAGGAGUGGGACUUAGUGCUAUUGAACUGUGUGGUUUCAAGAUGUGCAGGCAGUUUGUACUGCCGUUCCCCCAACAGCACAGGUCACACGAGUGGGGGUUGCCUCUGUAAAGACUUAACAGGGCUGGGGAGGUCGCCUUUUUAGCAGGCAGCUCUGCAGCAAGUGACACUUCCUCAGUCUCCCAUGGUGGACAUUUUGCAUUUUUCCAGGUGAAUCUGCCAACCCCAGCAAAAAACAAACCGACAGACUUGGGUUUUACUACAAAAAUAAACGUGUCUGGAUUUACAACAACAACAAGGAAGCAUGAAAGGUGAAGAGAAGGGAUUUCUGCCUUUUGACAGCCAUACUUCUGUUUAGUCCCUGAAUCAAAGACCUUUACAGUGGGGGUUUAUAAGGGGAUAACAUUACUUUGUCACUUUCUUUGUUAAUGUCUGAUUUGCUCCUCUUCAUUCCUGAAAUUGUGACUGAAGAAGGGAAUACAUUGAUAAGGACAAUAAAUAUAAAGACUAUAUAGAGACUUUAUUUAUUUAAAAUAUUUCUUAAAAAUAAAGAAAACCAAAAAAAAUUGAAACAAAAUGCAGAAAAUGAGGACAACAUUCCAUAUUACUGUUCUAAAUGUUUUGUUCUGCUAGUCACAUUAGUGAAUACCGUUUUUUUGCAAGAUCCCUCUUGUAUACCUGUGUCAACAGUAUGUUGGAUGAAAAAUAAAUUUCUUUGUGGUA